AACAACAGGGAAGUUGCAUCUCGCACUCUGCACAUAAAACAGCUGUUAGUGCAGCUUAGAUUUGAGUCCUGCUGAGUUUUAAACUUCAGUCUGGAGGAUGGCUUUCCCCUCCUCCUUUGGUGCGCAGGUCGCAGCCAUCAUGGACGUGUUAGCGAAGGCUGCGGUGGCAGAAAUCACGAAGCUGGUGGAGGACGGGAGUUUGGUCCUGCGCCUGGAAAUGAGUCGGAGGGAGAGCGAGAUUCAGGAGCUCCGAGCAAGUUUGAAGCUGAUAGAGGCUGAGCUUCGCAAAGGUCAAGAAGCUGUCGCAAGCAGACAGACAGAGGACAAGCAGGCAGAAACAACAGCCGAGAAUCAGGUCCCCCGAGAAGACAAAAAAGAAGAUUUAGAAAUGAGCGCACUGUAUCUUGAACCAAAAGCUGCUCAAAAUGGAACUGAGGAGAGCCAAAACAUCUGGCCAGUGGUGAAGCACGAGCCAGAGGAUGAAUGUGCUAACGCAGAAACAGACAAAAGAGUGAGAGCAGAUGUUUGUUUUAAGGCAGAGCAGGAUGACUCAAUGUGGCCUGCUUGCAGCACGUUUGAGAGAAACUCUGCGGCAUUGCAGCAGCACAUACAGAUUUUCCCCUCUGAUCAGUAUUCUGCUCAGAGAAACACUGAAAGUUCCUAUAAUUCUUUAUCGUCCGCAGCAGAGGAAACUGCAGCUGUGCCAGUAAGAGUAGAGGUAGAGACUCGCCCUGUGUGUAUGGGAGGUAUCACUUCAGAGUCUGUUCAUAACAAAGAGUUCAGGCAUAUUUCACCCCCUGCAGUCAGUCGGGGUUCGCAACAAGCUGGGCCAUCACUACCUCUGCCUCACGUGGAAACACCCACAGCCAUCUCAACAAGAUCAAACAAUGAAAAUCUUAACCAGACCAGAGAUGUCUUUAAAUACAAAAGGGUGAUGAAUGUGUGUAGAUCAAAUCAGAAAGUCUUCAUCUGCUCUGUGUGCAGCAAGAGUUUCUCAUACCUGUCUCAGCUGGAGAAACACAAAGCCACCCACCAAUCCUCCAAACCCUUCAGGUGCCUCGAGUGCGGGAAAUCUUUCACUCAGAAGACCCGGCUCAGGACGCACCAAAGGGUGCACACGGGGGAGAAACCGUUUAGCUGCAAAAUCUGCGGCAAGAUGUUUUCAAGGAAGGACAACUGCAUGAGACAUGAGCGGUUCCACAGCGGGCUGAAGCCGUACAGCUGCAGGCAGUGUGCUAAAAGCUUCACGGCGCUGGAUAAACUCAAACUACAUCAAGAGGUCCACCUACAAGGAAGAUAACGAUCAGAUACUGCGGUGAUGGACUGCAGUAGUUUGAAUAUUUGCACAAACCUUUAUUUUACCAGCGUACUUUGUUAGUUUUAUUGCAAUGAAUGAAUGAAAACAUAAAAUGUCUUCUGAUCUGCAUUACAAGGGUGCAGAUGGAUGAGGGAGUGAGAUUACAUUUAUCAUUUGCUUUAAUGUGUUUUCAUGGUGCACACACACUCCUUUGCAAGAUAUUACACAUAAGGAAAUUAAUAUAAUUUGACAUCCCAUUAAUGUGACAAAUUUCAUUUUUACAUUUUAAUAGGUUUUCUGCAUCAAAACCAGGAAGUCAUGGCUAAAACAAACUGCUUUUCCCCCUAAUGGCAUGGUUAUGAUUUACCAAAAAAAAAAAAAAAAAAGAAGUGUUUUGGUAUAUCAGUAAUUGGCUGUCGUAUACCAGAUCUACAUAUAUAGAAGAUAAGAUAAUGUUUAUUUGUCACAUGCACAGUUAUAUACAGUACAAUGCACAGUGAAAUGUAUUUUGUACCUGCAGCCAAUAAGGAGUAAAAAAAUAUAUAAAUAAGAAGAAUAAAGUAAUUCACACUAUACACUAUACACACUAUUCAUAGAAUAAUCUAAUAAUUUACAUUGUGCAUAAUAGUCCAGUUUAGGCCUCAGAGUUGAGGAGACGGCUUGUGGAUAAAAACUCUUCAACCUUUCAGGCAGCGUUAACACCGGCCUGAUGGGAGCAGGGAGAAGAGAGAGUGUCCGGGGUGGCUGGGCUGUUUUAGGAUCUUCAUGGCCCUCAGCCUGCACUGCUUGGUGUAAAUGUCCUGCAGGUUAGGAAGGGUGGUUCUGAUGGUCCGUUCAGCUGAACGAACCACCCUUUUAAGGGGCAUGAAGUCCUGUUUAGGUGAUGCUCCCACACAUGAUGCUCUCAGUGGUGCAGGUGUAAAAGUUCCUGAGCACCUUGAGUGGGAGUUUGAAGUCUCUCAGCCACCUGAGGAGGUAGAGACGCUGUCUGGCCUUCUUCA